AUGUCGGACGCCGCAGAUCUCAACGACACGCUGCCGGCCGCCGCCGUCACGCAUCAUAAUUUCCCGGCGCUCGUUUUCGGGAUUUUGCUGAUUGUGAUCAUCACCGGGGGGAACGUGCUCGUGUGCCUGAGCGUGUACCUGGAGAAGGCUUUGAAAACCACAACGAACUACUUCAUAGUCAGUUUGGCGUUUGCAGACCUGCUGCUGGCGGUGCUGGUUCUGCCGCUCUUCGUUUACGCAGAGUUUCAGGGUGGAGUUUGGUCCUUGAACAUGCUGAUGUGCGAUGGCCUGAUGACCAUGGAUGUGAUGCUGUGCACCGCAUCCAUAUUCAACCUCUGCGCCAUCAGCGUAGACAGGUUCAUCGCAGUGUCUAUACCCCUGAAUUAUAACCGUAAGCAAGUGGACCAUCGUCAGCUCAUCCUGCUGUCGGCCACCUGGCUGCUGGCCCUGGCCGUGGCCUCGCCCGUCAUCUUUGGCAUCAACAACGUGCCUAACCGCGACCCCAGCGAGUGCAAACUGGAGGACAACAACUACGUGGUAUAUUCCUCCGUCUGCUCCUUCUUCAUCCCCUGCCCCAUCAUGGUCCUGCUCUACUUCGGUGUUUUCCGCGGGCUGCGGCGCUGGGAGGAGACUCGCAAAGCCAAACUGCGCAGCAGCAUCGAGGCCUGCAGGAAGCUGCAGCACGCCGCCGUCGCCACCGCCCUCCCUACGCUGACGGGCACCAUCCCCGGCCCCCUGCCCAUGCCCCUGCCCAGGAUCAUCGAGAGGGACUUGGCCCAGUCUCGGCUGGACGAUACAGACGAAUACAUUCAGCAGGAGAUUCCUUAUCCUCGGCAGUACAGAGAGAACUCGGUGCCCACGGUGACGUUCAACCAAAAGCAGCAGAAGAAGAACAGAGCCAAGAUCAACAGCAGGGAGAGGAAAGCUAUGAGGGUGCUGCCUGUCGUAGUAGGUUGCUUCUUGUUCUGCUGGACGCCAUUCUUCGUGGUGCACACGACACGAGCCGUGUGCUUAACCUGCGACAUCCCUCCCGCUCUGACGAGCACCGUCACCUGGCUGGGCUACGUCAACAGCGCCCUCAACCCCAUCAUCUACACCAUCUUCAACACCGAGUUCAAGAAGUUCUUCAAGAAGUGUUUCCGCAGCUGCUGCUGACGGCAGGUUCCUCCUCCAGAGACACUGACCCAGCGAACUGAAGGAAGGAACUGGGAGAUGAUGAAGCUCAGACCUGCGAAAACACGCUGUCACACAGGAGCGUGCUUUGGUCGGACUAGCAGCAACCAACAGCUCUCGACUGGAUAGUCUCUCGUACCUGGACUGCCAGGUGCAGACGGACACGCCGAUCAGUGGGUGGAAGACGGCUGAUAGUGUCAGUCUUUAACAAUGUUUGAAAAAGCAGUUACUGGUGGUAUCCGUUGCAUUUCUGGGUCCAUUUCCUUGUUUGGUGGUGAACUUCUUUGAUUCCUGGGGAUCGCAGCCCAAACAAAAGGAUGAUGUUUUGGCAGAAAGCUGCAGGAAGCAGCUGCACACUGUCGGCUGACACAGACUCCGCUGUCCGAAAGGAGGAUAUUGUGGCUUUCAGUUUGUCCGUACAGCACUUCUUUCUUUCUUUCCUUUCUUUUUCCAGAGCAUACUGUAUAUCAGCCUUGGUUUGGGUUAUGGUCUGCCAGUUCCAGUGAAGGAUGUGGGAUUUGCGCAGAGCAUGAGAGGGAAGUCUGCCUGAGAGGAUCAACUCAGGGCAAAGACGUCCCCAAGGAUACAGAAAGACUGAAUAAGCUUCAACAGACCAGAAUGACAAGCAACUGAAAGCCUCAUGACUAAAAUAAUCCCCUAAAUCAGCCACUGAUAAAUACAUACACAUAUAAGCUUGAAGGAA